ACGUACUUAGGCUCGCGAUCCAUUUUCGAGCAUGGCCAAGGGCAACAAGAAGCGCGUGCUGACUCCGGCCGUGGCACCGCCUCCCCCGACGUCGGCCGCCGACGUACCCAUGGAAGACACCGAACAUGAAGGCCUUCUCUCCAAGGAGCUCAUGGAGGAGCUCGGCGGCAACGAGGACGAGCUGCUCAUUAUGACCAAGAAGAAGAAGACCGAGAAGAAGCCCGAGGCGAUCAGCGAAGCGGUCAUGGCGCAAGCCAAGAAGCUCAGCAAGACAAAGCGCAAGAAGCUCGCGCAGCUGGAAGCACGCAAGGCGAAGGAGGCCAAGCGCGACGUUGUGCUCCAGUCACUCGAGCAACAACAACUGCCGCAGGCGCACUUGAACCUCAUGUACUCGACUGCGCGCCUUGGGCACAAGGAGACGCUUCGGGAGCGUUUGCGUCGGUCCGUCAACCAAGAAAAGGCCGGCCUUACGCUCACAGACGCUGCGCGGAGCGAGCUCUACCAGGAAAAGCCCGUCGUCGACGAGUACGACAUGGACACGACCGAGCCGACGCCGACGCUGGUGGCUGCCGCGACAACGGCGGCGGCGCCCACAACGACGACGUCCAACGCGGCUGCCGCCAAGAAGAAGAAGUCCAAGAGCAUUGUCAACGUUGUGCAAAUGCCAUCGGCGGCCCCGGCGGUCGCAACACUGGCGCCCGAAGCGACCAUGUCGGAGGCGGUCUCGUCGUCGUCGCAGUCGGCGCUCAUGGCCAAGCUCCUCGAACUCCGCCAGAAGAACGAAGAGAAGCGUCUGCAAAAGCUGGCCGGUACGGUUGCGCCGGCCGUUGCCGACAAGUACGCGGACGCGCCCAAGUACGUGCCGGCGGCGAUUCCGCUGCCGACGACGUCCGAGAUGGUGGCCACCGCCGAGACGCUUCCGGUCGUUGAAGUCAAGAAGACGCUCGUCGCCGUCAACCGCAUCGAGUCGAUCCAGCUCUCGCGCAUGCAGCUGCCGGUCUGCAGCUCGGAACAAGAGAUCAUGGAAGCGAUUUCGCUCCACGCUGUUGUGAUCCUCUGCGGUGAGACGGGCAGUGGCAAGACGACGCAAGUGCCGCAGUUCCUCUACGAGGCGGGUUACGGCUUUGACGAACACAACCCAGGCAUGAUUGGCGUGACGCAGCCGCGUCGUGUCGCUGCUGUGAGCACGGCCCAGCGCGUCGCGACCGAGCUCAACGUCCCGUUUGGGAAGCACGGGUCGGUCGGGUACCAAAUUCGGUACGAUAACGAACACGUUGGCACCGAGACGCGCAUCAAAUUCAUGACGGACGGUAUUUUGCUCAAGGAAAUCCAGCAAGAUUUCUUGCUUAAAAAGUACUCGAUCAUCCUUCUCGAUGAAGCCCACGAGCGCAACGUCAACACGGACAUCCUUAUCGGCCUUCUCUCGCGCGUCGCGCCCUUCCGCGCGCAAAUGGCCGCGGAAGAGCAGGAGAUGUACGCGUCGAUGACGCCCGACGAGCGGGCGAAUGCGCCGCCGCCGCUCAAGCCGCUCAAACUCGUGAUCAUGUCGGCGACGCUGCGGGUCGAAGACUUCACCAUGAACAAGACGCUCUUCCCGUCACCGCCGCCAGUCAUCAAGGUCGACGCGCGUCAGUACCCUGUCUCGGUGCAUUUCAACAAGCACACGGAGCUCAACGACUAUGUCCAUGCCGCCUACCAAAAGGUCUCCAAGAUCCACCGCAAGCUACCCGACGGUGCGAUUCUUGUCUUCUUGACGGGUCAGCGCGAGAUCCUCCAGUUGUGCCGCAAGUUGCGCCGCACCAUGGGCUCCAAGAUUACCCGGAAAGCCCGCAAACUCUCUCGGCGCAACCAAGGCGAGUCGGACGCGAACGACGACUGGUUUGCGCGCGAGCACGACGACGACGACGAGGAGGCCGACGUCGAAGAAGCCGAGCUCCUCGGUGACGAAGUGCUUUUGGACGAGAAGGACUCGGAUGCGUCCGACUCGGAGGAAGAAAACGACCAUCAGCCCGAAGACGACGAAGAAGGCUCGACGGAGAACUCGACGCCGUACGUGCACGUUCUCCCGCUCUACUCGAUGCUCGCGAACGACGAACAGAUGAAGGUCUUUGAGGCGCCACCGCCCAAGCACCGGUUGAUUGUGGUUGCCACCAACGUGGCUGAGACGUCGCUGACGAUCCCAGGCGUCCGGUACGUUGUGGACGCGGGCCGCACCAAGGAGCGCGUGUUUGACCUGAAGACGGGUAUUUCCGAAUUCCAAGUGCAGUGGAUCAGCAAGGCGAGUGCUGAUCAGCGCGCGGGUCGUGCCGGCCGUACUGGCCCCGGCCACUGCUACCGCUUGUACUCGUCGGCCGUGUAUGAAAACGAGUUUCCCAAGUUUUCGCCGCCUCAGCUCUUGACGCAGCCGAUCGAGGACGUCAUCUUGCAGAUGAAAGCCAUGGGCAUUGAGCGCAUCCUCAACUUUCCAUUCCCGACGCCCCCGGAAGCCGUCGCGCUCAAGGCGGCGAUGACGACGCUCAUGCACCUCGGGGCGCUCAACAUGGAGAACGACACGAUCACGAGCCUCGGCCGGACGCUGGCGCUCUUCCCCGUCGCGGCCCGGUUUGCCAAGAUGCUGCUAAUCGCCAAGCAGGUCGGGUGCCUCGAGUACAUCAUUGCGGUCGUCGCAAGUCUGACGGGGCAGCCGCCCUUUGUGCUCGCCGUCGAGCGCAAGGACAAGGAAGAGGAUGCGGACGAGCCGGACGAGCCGGUUAUUUAA